CUGGGGCAGCGCGUGCUGGCGUGGGGAAGAGGAGACAGAGCUGCUCCGGCCUUGCAAGUGAGGAGCGGAGUGACGGCUGGCUAGAUGGCAGCAGAUGAAGGCACACAGGACACCUUACGCCUCCAGUUCAAGGCCAUGCAGGAGAUGCAGCACAAAAGGUUACAAAAGCAGAUGGAGAAACAGAAGGAAAAGGAAUUGAGCCUUGAAAUCAAAGUCGAUGACCAAAAAGAGUCCUUCAAGAUCUCCGAUGGCCUCAACCUUCUCCAAGCUGGGGAGCAAAACCCAAAAUACAGCUUUGAGCAGAGGAUGCUUGAAGAUGAGGUUGCACACCUUCGAGAGCAGCUCAGGGAGACGGUGGAUGAAAAUGGGCGAUUGUACAAGCUGCUGAAGGAAAGGGACUUUGAAAUCAAACAUCUCAAAAAGAAAAUAGAAGAGGACAGAUUUGCCUUCACAGGAACAGCUGGUGUGGCCGGGGAUGCGAUUGCCACCAAGAUUGUGGAGCUGUCCAAAAAGAACCGGGUGCUGACAGCAGAGUCGGAGGGGGCAAAAACCAGAGUGAAGCAGCUGGGCAAUCGUGUCCGGGAGCUGGAGCGGGAACUGCAGGCAGCCCUGGCCAAACUACCAGCCACAGUGGCCACCGACGGGGGAGCCAAGGCGUCGAGGGCUCAGAUGGGCGACAGAGCCUUGCCAGAGACCCCAGAGGUGAAGGCCUUACAGGACAGGCUGGCGGCCACAAACCUGAAGAUGAGUGACCUGCGCAACCAGAUCCAGUCCGUGAAGCAGGAGCUCCGGAUGGCCCAGAAGGUUUUGACCAGCGAGGUAGGCGAAGAUGUGAAUGUCCAGCAGCUCCUGUCCUCCCCGGGGACCUGGAGGGGCCGGGCUCAACAGAUUCUCGUGCUGCAAAGCAAGGUUCGUGAGCUGGAGAAGCAGUUGGGACAGACCCGGAGCCAGUCUGCAGGAACACCCUGUGAUGAGCUGCCUGUCUAUCCAGACCCAAGGAAACUGUCAGCACAGGAGAAAAACCUGCUGAGGAUCCGCAGCCUGGAAAGGGAAAAACAGGAGGGCUGGGAGAAACUUGUGGCUGAGCGGAAUGCUCUCCAGAAAGAGCUUGAAGAACUGAAGAAGAAGUUGGAGGGCGUCAGGUCCCGGAAUAAGGUGCUAUCCAGUGAAGUGAAGACCCUCAGGAGUCAGAUGGGGACCCUGGUGGAGAAGGGCCGGCAUGAUGAUGAGCUCAUCGAUGCCCUCUUGGACCAGCUCAAGCAGCUCCAGGAGAUUCUGGGUAGCCUGAGCCUGCAGGAGGAGAAGACCCGGGCGUCCCAGCGCCACCUGGACCAGCGGGUCAACAGUGAGGUUCAGCAGAGCAGCAGCCUCAUCACCCAGCUACGGGCCAUGGUGGCAGAGCGGGAGGCUAAGGUGCAGCAGCUGGAGGUGGAGAUCGGCCAACUCAGUGUGCAGUAUCUUCAGAAUAAAGGAGUGGGCAAGGGGUCUGGUGGGACCGAGGUCAACACUGCCUACACCAAGUUCCUGGAGGACCCGGGCCAGACCAAGUCCCCGGCCUCAGCAGGCGAUCACGUUGGCAGGCUUGGAUCUUCUCGCUCCGUGACCAGCCUGGGCCACACGCUGGUGGAAUCUGCUCUCACGUGGCCUUCUCUGUCCAGUCCUCAUGGGGCCUCACCCAGGUUCUCAGACUCCCCGGAACAAAAAGGCUGGCAGGCACAGGUGACAGAGUUCAAGGCCCUCUGGCAGGCUGCUCAAGUGGAGCGCGACCGGCUCACCGAGUUUGUCAGUGUCCUGCAGAAACGGGUGGAGGAGAGCAACAGCAAGCUUCUGGAAUCUGAGAAGAAGCUGCAGGAGGAGCGGCACCGCAGCGUGGUGCUAGAGCAACAUCUCGAGAAGAUGCGCCUGGAGCCUGGGAGGACAUUGGUCAGCCAGAGAGCAGCCCCCAGGAGCAAAACAGGUCUGCCCACCUCCAACACCAGGCUCAACCCGAAUGGGAGUGAAAGGAAGGACCCAUCCUUCACCCAGCUCUCCAAUGUGCCCAUGGAAGCUCAGAUGGAGGAGCUGAACACCAGGCUGGCCAUCCAGGUGGAGGAGAAUGAAAUGCUGAAGGCUGCCCUGGGCAGUGCCCUGCGUGGAAAGGAGGAGGAUUUCCGAAUGUACCACGAGACCCUGGGCCAGGUGAAAGGGGUCUUUCUGCAGGCCCUGCGGCAGCAGAAGGCAGACACUACCAGGAUGGUGGCCCGGGGUCAGCCUGGCGGGACGGGCAGCCUUAGGCCCGGAGAGGCCUCCACCGCUCCCGGAAGCCAACCUGGGCCAACCAGCUGA